UAUGGGAGAGAAGAUCUUGCGAAAAGAGUGCGUCCAGAGGUGAAGGUGUGGGGCCGUCGUCAGUCGGAUGAUGUGACCAGACUUCAUUGCCUGGUGUACGGGUUUCACCCCCGACCUGUGGAUGUGAAGUGGAUGAGGAAUGGGGAGGACCAUGUUCCUUCAGAUGAAAUGACUCCAAUUCUCCCCCAUCCUGAUGGCACCUAUCAGAUCAGAGUCAGUGUGGAAGUGCCAACCAAGGAGGGAGACACUUACUUCUGUCAUGUGGACCACAGCAGUCUGGAGGAUGUUCUCACUGUUACAAGGGGUGAGUUUAAGUAGAGCUUCUGCUGUUUAUACACAUUUUAAUGUCUGUUUGCAUUUAUGGAUGCAUU